ACAAGCGCGUGCUUUUUGCUGGGUAUCAAGUGCCGCAUCCGUUAUUUCACGAGAUAAAAUUGAGGAUUCAAACAACAGGGGUUUGUACGCCUAAACAAGCACUGUUAAGGCUUGUG